CGACUUCUCUCGCUCGAAGUGGCUUCCAGCGCCUUUUCAAAAGUAGAAGACACAGUUACGCAUUUUUUGCCCUCUGCCUCUGUAAGUAGGUCGUGAAGCCUGAGACGACGAGGCGAUGUCGGAUCCUUUUUGAAAAAUGCAAGAAUUGUCAUCAUGUGUAGCCUCAUCCACUCUACUGACGACGCGUAGCCUCCUGACCGGAGGCGUCCUUGCUUGUCUUGAUCGGGGAACUACCUGCGUUCUUUUCCGCGGCCGUGGUAGUGGUUCAGCUGUCUGUGUUUCUUGGUACCCCAACGGCAUUGCAGCUCGGGCCAACGUCAAAUCUACUGCAUUUGUCUCCUCUUGUUUCAAUUAUCCCGCAUCUCGUCGCUCAGUUUCGGUACGCGGCUUCUCGGGAUCACGGGGUGAGCAUGAACUACAAGCGGACUCACUCAAGGCUGAAGACGGGGGCCCAACGAGCGGUGAAAAAAACAGCCGCAGCUCCCCCUCGUCGUCAACAGUAGCCGACAACAGCUUCCAGGAAAGGAUUCGCCGAAUCCUGCGCGAGCAUGGCGGUUAUAAGGCUGAUUUGAAACAAGUACCGCCAAGCGACGAUGUGUUUUCGACGAGCUACCCUGUCGAACAAGAACAAGAUCAUGCCCUUCACGCGGACAUUGCGGAAGGAAGAAAUGGUUUCACCGAAGAUAAAAUCACAAGUCUGACCCUAGCGCGCCGCAUCGAGGAGGCCGCCGAAGAAAAGAGGGCGGUCAAGAGACAGAAGUUCGUCGAAAGGGAACAACUGCGGUCCACGACGUCGGUCGUUGGGAAAAAUGCGAACUCGACAGUGAACUAUCUGGAGGGCACGACCAACGUUGUAGCUUCUACAAGAAGUACUACUGUGCCGCACGAAGACGAAAAAUUUGUUGGAAAAGACUUCGCCCAGGAAGAUGUUGGUGGCGCGUCGGAAGUGGCGGAAUCUGAAAGCGUCGACGCCUGCGACAGAAACGCCAGCACGGAAAAUAGUCGGGUGAUGGAACGACUCACCGACACAUCGGUGGAGUCCUUUCCGCGCUUCCAAGACACCUUUGUGGAUAAGCUGUGGAUCACGGUUCGCAGCGGGGACGGCGGUAAUCCGGAACCCGGAACCUACCGAAAAUUCUCGAACCACGGAGGCCCCGCGUACGGCGGCCACGGCGCCGACGUGUGGAUCAAGUGCACGCGCGUAUGAGAGUGCACAACCCCCCCUCCCCCUCAUUACAUUUGCAUGGCAUGAGCAGCAAUACAAACAUCAGCAAGAAUGCCGGUUUUGCAUGACAAAGUUGCACUGGAGUGUAGUGCUGUUUGGGCUUCCAGGAUUUGUCAUGCAGACGGUGCUACAAGGCAGCAGCUGGAUUUAUUGGCAUCUUUGCAUUACAAAUGAGGGGGAGGGGGAGUUGUGCACUCUCAUAGUGCGCAGUGUUGAACCUGAACGCGCUGCCCCGGGUCAAGAAAGCCCGCAAUGGGGGCGACGGCGGGGGCGGCGGCCACCACACGGAGCGCGGGCGGAACCAGAAGGCGGAAACCCUGCACGUACCGGUUAUGGAAGUGUCAGGAUUGAAACCGACAAAGUUGAAAUAAUUUCUCAUGCAUACAUUGCAAGGCAUGAAGUGUCUCUCUUGCAGGGGUGGCAAGUGAGGCCGACUGUCAGCCUGUUUGGGGUCUGCGAUAUAGCUGCUAAAGUAGCAUGACAGGGCUCUAUGAGCUAUUUUGGGUGUCUAUUGUCUAUUGCUAAAGUAGCAUGACAAAAGACGCCUUCUGUCCCUAAAGAGCAUGACAAACUGGAUUUAGCCGGUGCCGAAAUUUCUCAUGCGCCGCUUAGGAAUUGGGCUGCAACUGGUAUUGAUUUUGGGCAUUGCAAGUUAUUUCAACUUUAUCGAUUUCAAUCCUGACACCCCCAUACCGGUGGGAACCAUCGUGCGCGAGCGCAAGUUGUACCGCGCGCCGGAGAGCAACGAACCCUUUCGCACCGAGGAGGGCAAGCGCCGCGUCUACCUGCCAGAGUUCGUGUACCAGUUUUUGCAGCACGGCGACCAGAUUCGCAUCUGCAAGGGCGGCAAGGGGGGCAUUGGACCCAGCCACUUCCGCCUGCACGACGGGCGCAAGGGCGCGAAGGGGGAAAAGCGGAUGCUCGAGCUGGAGUACCGCGUGCCCUGCGACGUCUGCCUCCUGGGCUUUCCGAACAGCGGCAAGACGGCUCUGGCCGCCGCGCUCACGCGUGCGCACACCCGCAUCGGCCCGGAAGCUUUUUCCACCACACGGCCCCACACCGGUGUGCUCAAGUUCAAAGACGGCGUCAGCUUGCGAGUUCUCGACCUCCCGGGCCUCCUGCACGGUGCGGCGGACCAUCCCAAGCAGGGUCGUCGGGUGCUGCGUCACACCUACCGUGCACGGGUCCUGGUGUUUGUCGUCGACAUGUCCCGGAAGCCCAAUAUUGAUACUAAACCGACAGCCAUAAGUAAUUCUUCAAGUACUACAACCCACCUGCCAGCAGUAUUCGGUGCCACGAAGAGCGCGCAGCUGUUGGGUGUUGAACAAGAAAACCAUAGCUGCGGGGAUCUGUGGUCGACCGAAGAUGAUGAAUCUGUUCACCCAGUCCCUGCUCACGCAAGAAUAGCAGACUAUCUGCGCCGCGGGGAAGUCGUUGUGCAAGAAAAGCUAUCCUGUGCAAAAGAAUCGUACUCGUAGUAAUUGCAUUGAUGCAUUACAAAUCUCUUUGUCAAGGUAAAUCAGCAUUACAAAUUUGAUUUGUAAUGCUGGGGGGCUAAUUUGUAAUGCAAUUUAUACUAGAAGUGCGAUGCUUUUGCAUUGCAUAAAAGCGGAUCCGCGAAGAGCUUGAAAGGAACCGAAGGCUGCGGCAACCGCUUCUGCCAGCCGUACCUGCAUCAGAUUUUUGUAGCGGUGAAAGCGUGUCAGAGGACACUGUCGUAACAAAAGCCCUUCCAGUAACAGUAAGCGAAGAUGACAACACAGCUGACUGUAGUGGUCUGAAAAUGCUCACAGAUGAAAGUGGAGAGCCACUGGAUGUUGACCGUGCUGCAAAUAACAUCCUGAGUGAACAGAAGAAGUGCCGAGACCCGCAUUAUCACCGCGAAAAAGAGGAAACACGCCACACCUUUUCUCACUAUGGUGCAGAGGUUCAUCUGCGUGAAGGAGAAAAGCCGCGCAUGGUAACUGGAGACGAGAACCUGAGCGUAGAAGAUCGCAACAGUAUAUUGGAUUCGUUGCAGCGCCAGGUCGAGGCGCAGUCUCCACAAUCGCAAUCCGAUACCAGUAGUCGCCCCGUCGACAGCACAAAGACAGCAAGAACAGUGGAUUGCGCAAAGAUAGAAAAAGGAGAUGAAUCUGAAACAGACACAGACUCAGACUCAGAUGAAACUACCGAGACUCAUCGUGACGCAGGAGACCGCGAUGAUGAAAGUGGGGUAACGACUGAAGAUGGCUUUGUUGACGGCGCGGCGGUAGCUGCACAAGGCGUCACCGAAGUUGCCGCCUCUGCGCCGACGACAAAUGAACAAUUCUCAAGAAGUACGGCAGAACCCGCGCACUACUCGCACGAGGCCCUGGAUGCGUUCCAGCAGUUUCUCACGCUCCGCCGGGAAGCGAUUCGGUAUGACCCCUUGAAUGCAGAGAAGCCCUUCCUGAUUGUGGGCACCAAGUGUGACCGCCUGCACGAGGACGCGCUCUACAACUUGGAUUCCGUUUUUUUCCGAUGGCGCGCGCGCUUCGGAGGGGCAAGACUGGGCGGGAACGUCGAUGGUGAAGAUGUUGCUGCUCAACAACAUACUACAGAUGCAACUACUGCAACCGGCGAGGACAAAACCUCUCGUGGUCGUUCUCCUGCUGCCACACACCGCGAGAGUUGUAGGUCCGACGUCAUGGGAGUGUCCGCCCGGUUCGGGCUGGGGAUCGCGCCGCUGGCCCGGGUUAUCGCAAGAAAAAACUGUUUCACUGUGAACUUGUGAUGCAGAAAAUGGAACACGGAACUAUUUGUCUUGCUACACCUGCAACACAUUGGAUUUUCAAGCGUGUUUUCCCUUGGAAAGCGCGCAUCACAGACUUCCAGUGUCAUGUGUAACAAACUUGUGAUGCAGAUCUAGCAAAAUCAUCACAGUGAAACAGUUUUUCCGUGGGAAGCGGGUGUUGCGGAGCCUACUGGAGAACGAUGCACUGGAAGUUCGCCACCGGGACAAAAUCUUUGGUCCAAUGUUCCCGAAAGCGAAACUCAUCGAGGCGCACGAGCCAGCCGAAAACUUGCCGAUGAUUGCCGCGGGAACGGAGCUCUUUCCAAUACGCAUCGCAAAAAUAUCGUCCUAGUGGUCGUAAGUAUGACAAAUUUUCUCCAAAGAAAAAAUAGAACGCGUGCUGCUGAUUUAAGUACCUAAGAUCGAAGAUGUGUCAUGCAUGAUUAGAUUGCAAAUGCAAUGAGGAUCACGAGUACGAUACUUUUGCAAUGCAUACCCGAAAGCAUCGACCAACUCCCCGCCUGGAUUUGCACCGCGCUUUGUCCGUGGGAAGGGGAAUCGCAUCUGGACAAAUUAUUAAGGUCUACGUCUAUUGGUAUUGCGAGCGCUGCAUUGAUUAAUAUUUAUCAAUAUCCGCUUACAUCUAACGAAAAUGCACCACUCCAUCUUCAUAUAACCUAUUCAUUGAGUGCCCGUCACUUUUUCUUUUUGUACGUUUGCAUUUCCUGUCUCUAGCGCAGGAGGGCAAGAGGCUAUGAAAACCUCGACAGCUUCUUGUCACUUCGUAACUGCACCAGACCAGAAACUGUGACUCUGAAGACGCG